UGUGCAUGUAUCAAAAAGUUUCAGCUACGCUCAGAGGCCGCUCAGAGUCAUGGAUUGGUUUGUACUGUUCCUCUUUCUGCUGUCAGGGUUUCUGCUUCCCUGCAUUGGUCAAAUAGCAGCUCCGACAACCACCCCAACAGGCUGUGCAGGUCCACCAGCGCUGUGCUGCUCUGGUCAAAACUCAACCUGUCGCAGAGUGUGUUUCUGCGAUGAGGCCUGUAGGUCUUUUAAUGACUGCUGUUCUGACUUCAUCUCAACCUGCGUACAACCACAGAGUACAACAUCUGCACCAUCGACUGUGAGCACAACCUCAUCAUCCACGGUGUCUGAUUCUACAGCAUCUAGUACAACAAACAGCAGUACAACAUCUGCACCAUCGACUGUGAGCACAACCUCAUCAUCCACGGUGUCUGAUUCUACAGCAUCUAGUACAAUGAACAGCAGUACAACAUCUGCACCAUCGAGCACAGCCUCAGCAUCCACUGCUACAUCUACACCGUCUGAUGGCCUGACAACAUCAGCUACAGCAGAAACAACAACAUCAGAAACCACUACAACUCUGGAUACUACACAUGUCAGCACAAAAACAGAUUCUGAAACCACCACCAGCUCAGACGAAGACACCCAAACGGUGACUGUUCACUUAAAAGCCUCUCUUUUUUCCUACAACGAGGAUAAUGAAGAUGCAAUUGUAGAGGCUUUAUCUAGUUUUUUGUCCAAGGCCGUUCUCCAAGGUAACUGUGAGGGCUGCACUCUGAGCAUCAGGAACAUUAAACCCACCUGAGAAAGGACACUUGUUUCAGGAUGGGGAGGCACGAGUAUGACACCAGCUGUACUGUGGCAACAGACCGUACAACUCUCAUUUGUUAAAUCUAAUACUGUUACAGGCCAGGGCCUACUUGAUGCUUAGGUAAUAAAAGGACCAUUGAGCACUAUGUGAUGAAAGUUAACCUUUUGAACUCCAAGCAGUUUCUUGACAUUUUUUUUUUUGCUCCCAUUGUAUUUUUUUUCUCACUCUGGGCUCAUAUUCCAUUGAAACAUGAAGUCCUGCACCUUCAGGAAACAGCCCAACCAUGGCAAGAAGUAGAAAGAACUCAAAAAUGGCUUAUAAUGCCGUAUAUCAUUAAAAGAGAGAGAGAGAGAGAAAGAAGAAAAGUUAAAAAUCUUCGAUUGUAUGUUCAAUAUUUUUCAAAGUGCCCACAAUUGCUAUUUAUACUGAAAAAAUAAUGGUGAUGCUACAGACUGUAAAUAUAUCACUACCUUUAU